AGACUACAAGUCAAUUAUCAUGGUGCUUGCAGCAUAACUCAGGGAUAUCACAUAUUUAUAAAAUAUUACUACUAUCCAAUGGCAAGAAUCAACCAUAUUCCUGAAUUACCAUGAUGAAAAAGUUUUAUCAAAUACUUCUAAAAUUAGCAGCUGGUGUCAUCCUACUACGAAUACUUUUCUUAUUAUACAACGCUAAAUUUCCUUCUGAUAUGAAGAAGACAGAUGGUGUAGCUGUGCAUUAUUUCGUUCCAGCCACUACAGAAUUACCACUGGCCAAAUGUACCGAAAACUCUUCUGUUCAGAGCCUCCCAACCUUUAAAGACGAAACACAAAAUUUUAGGGAUUUUCUGGCCUACCGUCAUUGCAGGGCCUUUCCCUUGCUACUUGAUGCUCCCAGGAAGUGUGAAGGACCUAAUGCUAAAGAGGUUUUUCUCUUGCUAGCUAUUAAAUCUUCACCUGGAAAUUUUGAACGUCGUGAAGCAAUCAGAAGAACUUGGGGACAAGAAAAGAGUUAUGGCGGUGCAGAAGUGAAAAGGCUCUUUCUUACUGGCAUCCCAAGGAAUAAAGAACAAUCAAAACAGAUGUUGCAGUUACUAUCCACAGAAAGUGAAUUAUAUGGAGAUAUUCUGCAGUGGAACUUUGAAGAUUCAUUCUACAAUUUAACCGUGAAGCAGGUGCUUUUUCACCAGUGGCUUAAUCAGAAGUGUCCAGACAUUCAGUUUAUACUUAAUGGCGAUGAUGACGUUUUUGUCCAUACAGUAAAUGUUAUUACGUAUUUGAAAAGUACCGGAAUAAAUGGCAGAAAGAGUCACCUGUUUGUUGGGGCACUAAAUGAAGGGAUGCCUUUAAUCCGAGAGAAGAACAGCAAAUAUUAUGUCUCAAAAGAAGUUUUUCCUAGUGACUACUAUGACCCCUACUGUGGGGGUGGAGGUAUUCUCAUGUCCAGUUUUACCACUUCUUCUAUACACAAGGAAUCUCAGUACAUACCAUUAAUUCCAAUUGAUGAUGCAUAUCUGGGAAUGUGUUUGAAGAGAGCAGGACUUAAACCAGGGAAUCAUCAGGGAAUACACACUUUUGGAAUCAGGUUGCCUAAAACAGUAGAUUCUUUUGAUCCCUGCUUCUACCGUUAUUCCCUCAUUGUCCAUCGUUUUGUUCCCUAUGAAAUGUUAGUCAUGUGGAAAGCUUUGCAUAUGACAAAACUGACAUGUGUAAAACAAACAAAGUUAGUGGUAAACAUAACAAAAUUUAAUUAA